AUGGGCGCUUGGCUCACAUCGGUGUACAGUCUCGGCGGAACUGUCGCAUUUAUGGUCUGUGGCGCCAACAGUGAUCUAUUCGGUCGAAGAGCUUUUAUUCUCCUUGGGAACAUUCUCAUGAUUGUCGGCUCGAUCGUCGGAGCAACUUCACAUUCGAUCGGACAGUCAAUUGCUGCCCACACGCUGUUCGGUCUCGGUGGAGGUAAUUGCCAGAUAGCGGCGUUCGCGCUGCCCGAACUAUUGCCGAACAAGUGGAGGCAUAUUGGAGUCGUGAUUGCAGACGCUGGGAUAUAUUUCGACGUCAUCGUGGGCCCCGUUGUGUCUCGCAUAGCUUACAAGCAUAAUGCCUGGAGAUGGGGAUAUUGGGCUGUCACCAUAGUCCAGGGCAUCUCUUGUGCCAUCCUACUGUGCUUUUACUUCCCACCAAAACACCCGCGUGGCAUUCCUUGGGGUGAGGCACUACGGAAUCUCGACUAUGUCGGCAUGGUCAGCUUCACAGGAGCAGCUGUUAUGAUUCUUUCCGGGAUCGUCUAUGUGCAGCUUGUGCCAUCAAACUCGCCUGAAGUAAUUGGUCUAUUGGUAGCAGGAUUUGCAUGCCUCGUCUUCUUCGCCGCCUGGGAGACCUUUGCAAGACCCAAAGAAGCCCUUGCGCCAACAAGGCUCUUCACCGCCAACAAAGGGCGGCGUCUCACCGCGCCGUUCAUCUGCGGCUUCGUUGUAACCAUGUUCUACUACGCGAACAACAUCACCUGGCCGACGAUGCUGGGCGUGUAUUUCACUUCAGCAAUAACACCGCCGCACAUCGUCUACUUGUUCGCGACAGUGCAAGGAUUUGGCAUAUUCACUGGGGCCAUGCUACUAGCAUUCUUCGGCAAGCGCAUCCAGCACUGGCGGUGGCAGAUGGGUGUCCCGAUCAUGAUCAUGACCUUCUUCGGAGCCAUGCUCGCCUACGUCACUCCAGAACGAGAGAGCUGCGGCAUCGCUUUUGCUUUUCUUUCGUCCACGGGCUAUGGCUACGCGCAGUAUCUCUCGAUCGCGUACAUCCAAUUUGGUGCCGAUCAAACGGAGCUAGGUAUAUCAGGAGGACUUGCAGGCGUGGCUAGAUAUUCGGGAGGUGCUGUUGCCGUCACCUUGUUCUUGACAAUCUUGAACACGGUACAAACUAGUUGGGCAUCUAUUCAUGUUGUUGCGGCGGCAGAAGCGGCUGGAGCAUCGCCUGCGACAGCGAGCGCGGUUCUUGCAGCGCUUCCUUUGGGAGCUGCUGCCCUAGAGAAGGUUCAAGGUUUGACCACCGCAAUUGCGGAAGCGGCCGGAGCAGCCUUUGUGCAGAGUUAUGUGGAAGGCGUCAAGAAGGUAGCAUUUGCCUCACUUGGGUUUGGAGGUCUUGCGAUCAUUGCUUGCUUUUUCUUAGAAGAUAUCGGGCCCAAGAUGAACGAUCAGAUUGAAGUCUUCUUGGAGAACGACGUUCAGGCCGAGAAGAAUGUGUAUCACUGA